UUUUAGUCACUGCCGCCUUGCAGAGUGAGCGAACGCGCGUUCACGUUAGUGUACAAAUAAACUGUUAUAAAUAAAACGAAGUUAAUAAACAGUGUUAUAAAGUGAUGGCAGAAAUUGCAGAGUUUCAGUUAGUUCAAAUAGAUACGGAGUUGUUAAUCAAAGAAGUGAAGGCUAGACCGAGUUUGUAUGCAAGAGACGCGGACAAAUAUGGCGACCCGCAAUUUAAAAAAUCUCUGUGGGAGGAAGUUGCUAAAUCAAUAUAUGGAGAAAUGUGGGAUACUGCUGAUGCUGGUGAUAGAAUUGAACAAGUCGACCUAGUCCAGCGCAGAUGGAAGAACCUUCGAGCUUGCUACGGCCGCGAAAUCAAACGCCAAAAGGACCCAAAAUUCGUCUUCGGAGUAGCUUACAAAAGGCGUAAAUAUCUCUACUUCAACGAACUGUCAUUCCUAAAGAAAGAAUUCGAAGGAAACGACAAUGAUGAUAAAGAUAGCACAAUUGAUUUACCUGAGAAAAAUGAAGCAGAAAACACUAUGGUAACUGUGGAUACAAAUAUCGAAGAAAUACCUAUUGUAGAAGCUAUGCCAAAGAGGAGAAAUGAUGUGCCAAAAAUUGUUAAGACCCCAAAAAGGAGUAUUGAACCAAUUACAUAUACGGCAAAACCUGACUCAGACAGCAGUAGUAGUAACACUAAUGUUGAUAGCACAAAUUUUGCUUUAUCCCUUGUACCGCUACUAAACAUGUUACCAACCCACAAAAGAAUUGAUGCCCAAAUUAUGUUACUGACAGUUUUAAAAAGGUUCUAUCAAGAUUCGAAUGAACCUGAUGUAAAGGUUGCGCCACCAAGGACUUAUGGUAAGAGAAAAUGUGAGACUAGUGUAACAACUGUUGAAGUUAAAUGUGAAGCUGAGAGUGAUGAGGAGUAUAAGUAGGUUAUUUUAACAGUAUUGCAGUAUUUUUAAUUACACUUGCUCA